AUGCAUCUUCGACAUGCAUUUUGGAGUAUUACUGGGACAGAGGAGAUGAGCAGUUUACAUUUUGAAAAAGUUGCUCCGUUGCUUUACAAAAGGCUUAUUCCACCCUCAGACAAUGCCCUUGCUCCAUGCCCUGGUUACCAGAGUUUUUCUGGCAUCAUUAACUUGGAGAAGCCUGUGAUUUGCUUUUUGGCUGCUAUAAGAUACCUUAAAUUUAACUUGGCAAAGGCGCUUUCCAAACCCAAGAAUUUUAAACAGUUGUCAGGUGAAAUGGAAUUUAUGACAAUUAAUGGAACAACAUUAAGGAAUCUUGAAAUGCUAUAGAAUCAGACUGAUAUGAAAACCAAAGGAAGUUUAUUUUGGGUUUUAGACCAUACUAAAACUUCAUUUGGAAGACGAAAAUUAAAGAAUUGGGUGACUCAGCCUCUUCUUAAAUUAAGGGAAAUAAAUGCCUGGCUGGAUGCUGUGUCUGAAGUUUUCCAUUCCGAAUCCAGUGUGUUUGGUCAGAUAGAAAAUCAUCUACAUAAAUUGCCUGACAUAGAGAGAAGACUCUGUAGCUUUUAUCACAAAAAAUGUUUUACCAAAGAGUUCUUCUUGAUUGUCAAAACCCUUUAUCACCUCAAGUCAGAAUUUCAAGCAUUAAUCCCCUCUGUUAACUCCUAUGUUCGGUUAGACCUGCUCUGGACAUAUUUAGAAAUUGCUGAGCUCCUCAGUACAGUGGAGCGUUACCUAAAGGUCCUUAAUGAACAAGCUGCCAAAGUUGGGGCUAAAACAGAAUUAUUCAAAGACCUUCCUGAUUUCCCUUUAAUAAAAAAGAGGAAGGAUGAAGUUCAGGGCGUUUCAAGGUCCAAAUGCAAGCACAAGAAUAGAAAAAUACUGAAAAAUCCUCCUGCACAAUGUGUGACAGUCUCAGGACAGGAGUUUAUGAUUGAAGUAAAGAACUCUGCUGCAUCUUGUAUACCAACUAAUUGGAUUAAGGUUGGAAGCACAAAAGCUGUGAGCCGCUUCCCCUCUCCUUUUAUUGUAGAAAAUUACAGACAUCUGAAUCAGCUCCAGGAGCAGCUAGUCCUUGACUGCAAUGCUGAAUAGCUUGAUUUUCUGAGUGAGGAUGUCAUUGAACUUUGUCACUCCUUGUGUAAAGCAGUACAUCACCUGGCAACUGCUGCCUGCAUUUCCUCCCUGGCCAAGGCUCUCGCUAAGCAAGGAGAUUACUGCAGACCACCUCUGCAAGAAGAAAGGAAAAUCACCAUAAAAAAUGGCCUGUACCGUGUGAUUGACAUGUUGCUGGGAGGACAGGAUCAGUAUGUUCCCAACAGUACAAAUUUAUCAGUAAGGGUCUCAGAGAGAGUGAUGAUAAUCAUUGGACCAAACAUGGGUGGAAAGAGAUCCUAGAUAACACAAGUUGCACUGAUUAUGAUCAUGGCUCAGAUUGGCUCCUAUGUUCCAGCAGAGGCAGCGACCAUUGGAAUUGUGGAUGGCAUUUUCACGAGAUAA